AUGAAGCUCCUCAUGUCUGACUGGAACGUUGAGCUGCUCGAGGACAACAUGAGCGAGCUUUACGUGUCCUUUCAUGGGCCCAAGGACAGCCCAUACGAGGGCGGCGUGUGGCGCGUGCGCGUGGAGCUCCCAGAGGCGUAUCCUUACAAGUCCCCCUCCAUAGGAUUUGUCAACAAGAUCUACCACCCCAACGUUGACCUGGGGGCGGGGUCUGUCUGCUUGGACGUCAUCAACCAGACCUGGAGCCCGAUGUUCGACCUGAUCAACGUGUUUGAGGUGUUCCUGCCGCAGCUUCUGCUGUACCCCAACCCGACAGACCCCCUCAACGGGGAGGCGGCCGCGCUGCUGAUGCGGGACCCAGCGCUCUACAACAUACGCGUCAAAGAUUACGUCAAGCGCUUCGCGUCCGCGGAUGCAAGCGCGAAGCGCAAACAUGGCUGCGGCGAUGUCGCGCGGCCGGAGCGCCGGGCAGAGGAAAGUAGGGAUGGCGGCGGUGAGGGCGGAGGGGAGGAGAGCGAGGGCGGGUUCCUGUCUUCAAGUGAGGAGGAAGACGACAGCUGA